GGGAGCGGUGAAAGCUGUGUUCGAAAGUUUCUGUUAAAUAUGUCAUAUUCCCAUGGAAAACUUAAGAAAAUCUAAUGGUGCUUCUUGUACGUUUUCAUCCCUGAAGUUAGAAGUGAAGCCCACAGAAUGCUUGGUGUUUAUGGUACAUGUCUUUUAAUCACCUAUGUCAGCUGACAAACCACAAAACUAUUAGCAACCUACUAUGUUGCAUCAUCAAACUGUACGAGUGCUCAUUGAGAGGUUUAGCUCAUGAAACUUCAUUUGUAAAGAAUACUUCCUGUUGAGGAAUGUCACCAAAGAUGCAAAUCCUAUGGGUAGGAAUCCUAUGGGUAUAUUGUAUAUGAUGUCCUAUGGGUAGGAAUCCUAUGGGUGUCUUAACUUUAAAUAUCUAGUCUACCAGCAUCCAUGGUGAUCGUCUUCAGAGUCAGCGUAAGCAAGCUUCGUGACUUCAGAAAUGGUAUUAGGAAUAUUCUCGUGGUGACUAAUGUUGCUGUCCGUGGUAUAGAUAUUGCCAGCGUCAACUAUGUCGUAAAUUAUGACUUGCCAACUGAUAUUGAAGAGUAUGUUCAUCGUGUUGGUCGAACGGGCUGCGUGGGAAAUGUUGGAAAAUCAAUAAGCUUCUUCGACCAAGAAAGAGAUGGCCCUAACGCUGGAAAGUUUGUGUCUUUUUUAACUAAGUCCAACGCCGAUGUCCCGCCAUUCAUGCAAGCGAUGGUCUCAGGUGUGAGUGGAAUGGGUUACGACUUUAGCGCCCCUUCGACUCAAGGGGGCUUUGCUAGUCGAGAUAUGCGCCGAUUCGGCGAUAAACCUGGAUUUGCUGCCUUGCCUACUGAAGUUGAAGAGAGUUGGGAUUAACUCAAUGUCGUUCACUUGGUUGGUUUAUUUCGAGUAAUCCAAAACCAAAAUUCUUAUCGAAGAACAUCUUGGAACUUACAUGCAAUGUCUGUUUGAAAAUUUUAUUACGUGUUUAUUUUGCUGACCAUAUACUUGAAUGUAGAACAAA